UGCCUCGCCACGCCUCCUUUUUCAUCCCCUCGUUGGCAACGGGAGCCUGGCAAAAGGUAAACAGGUGAUGGGCUUGAAUUUGGGGCUGGGGUGGAAUUGUGAGGAGGCUGAAGGUUAAUUUCUCCUCUCAGGUAUUAGUAUUAUUAUCAUUAUUUCGACAACUACAACUUCUCAGCGAGGCUCUUCAGGCGCCAGCUUUCCAGUGAGGUGCUGCUCUGUUUCCCACAAAGACUGCCAUCUCCUGAGAUUUAACCUUGCAUACUGGAAGUUUUAAAGAGAAAUCACCUAGUCAUAGACGCAAAUUAAAAUGCCUGUUUUCAAACACCCGGAGUAUCCUGAAGAGACCUUGGUUCAGUUGGAAAGCUUGGUACCUUGUCGAGAAUCGCAGGUGUCCACCUUGCUCUCAAUCUUUGGAGAGCGCCAUCAUUUUAGUUUUCCAUCCCUUUUCAUCUAUGGACACACAUCUAGUGGAAAGACUUACGUGAUGCAGACUCUCCUAAAAACUUUGGAGCUACCUUAUGUGUUUGUGAAUUGUAUUGAAAGUUUUACAUCAAGACUGCUUCUAGAAGAAAUUUUGCGACAGUUGCAAUGUCUUUCCACUAAAGAAGAAGGUCCUCCUCUUGUAUCCUGUGACACUUUCAGUGAUUUCAUACGUUUAUUUAAGCAGACAACUAUGAUACCAGAUCUGCAGAAUCAAACUAUAUAUGUUAUUUUGGAUAAUGCAGAGCAGCUGAGGGAGUUGGAAGCAAACAUCCUUCCGGGUUUCCUUAGAUUACAAGAACUGACGGACAGAAAUGUGACUGUCGUCCUCCUUAGUGAAAUUGUGUGGGAGCUUCUUCGUCCAAAUACAGGAUGCCUUGAACCAUUACCUUUGUAUUUUCCAGACUACAGCAUAGGACAUUUGCAAAAGAUUCUGUCUCAUGACCAUCCUCCAGAAUAUUCUUUCGAUUUUUAUGCGGCAUAUAUAAAUAUUCUACUUGGAGUCUUCUAUCCUGUGUGCAGAGAUCUGAAGGAGCUUCGACAUCUGGCGGCACUGAAUUUUUCCAAAUAUUGUGAGCCUGUGGUUCAAGGUGAAGCAAAUGAACGUGAUACACGUCGACUGUGGAAAAAUAUUGAAUCUCACUUGAAGAAGGCUAUGCAGACUGUUUAUCUGCGGGAAAUAUCAAGCUCCCAGUGGGAACGAUUGCAGCAAGAUGACGGAGAACCUGGACAUCUAAAAGGACUUUCAGCCCAUGCUCAUGUCGAGCUUCCAUAUUACUCCAGGUUCCUUCUAAUAUCUGCAUACCUUGCUUCUUAUAACCCUGCCAGGACAGAUAAGAGGUUCUUUGUUAAGCAUCAUGGAAAAAUUAGGAAGAUGAACUUUCAAAAGAAACAUGAAAAGACCACUAAUCACCUUCUAGGACCAAAGCCAUUCCCUCUUGACAGAAUGUUAGCAAUAUUAUACAGCAUUGUGGACAGCAGAGUUGCUCCAACUGCGAAUAUAUUUUCCCAGAUCACUUCCCUUGUGACGCUCCAGCUGUUAACCUUGGUAGGCCAUGAUGACCAGCUUAAUGGACCGAGAUACAAAUGCAAUGUGUCUUUAGAUUUCAUUCGAGCAAUUUCAAGGACUGUGAACUUUGACAUAAUAAAAUACUUAUAUGACUUUUUGUGAAGACCAUAUGGAGCCUUAUGCCAAUGAAGGCAAGAUGCAUCUGAUUUAACUUCUUCAGCCAUCAGAGGAGAAGAGACUUUGGGCUCCAUUGGAUUUGUCCAAAACAGGUGCGGACUCAGCAUGGGACUUGAUAAAAACACUCUAGUUGGUCUGGAUAGAUCUGAGCAGAGGACUCUUUACUCGAGACCCUGGAGUAUUCAGAAAAAAAUGUGUUAAUUAUAAACAGCAGGGACUGAGCACAAUCUGUUCUGCUCUUAAUGAUGUUAUCUUAACACUGAAAUUGCCUGAAACGUAUUUUAUUUAGGACUGUAUUUUGUGUUAUGUUGAAGUAUCCCCUGUGCUUUGAAUAUGGCAAUAGCCUUGUUUGUAUGCCCAGUCUUUUCACUUCCUCGCUGUGGGAGCCUUUUGCAUUUGUCUGCCAAAACAGCUUGGUCCUAAGGCCACCAUUUAGAAGAGAAUGGAAGAGCAAAUGCAGUACAGUAAACAUAAAAACAAACCAAGGGGAUGCUUUUCUUUAAUUCCUUGAUUCUGACCAGUUACUUUUAGAAUGAAACCCCAUCUGUUUUGUACAUAUCACCUAUUAAAGCCUACUCUUAAAAA